AAAAAAUAUCUACACAAAUUUUUUUAGUUCUAUGUGAGUUGACGUUUUAAUCUAUGACAAACAGUUUAUAUGACAAUAAAGUUAACGCACUUCUUGUAAAUUCAAUUUAAAGUUUAGUAUACUUGUCUAUGAUUACACUCGGUAUUGCAAAAAUCUGUUACGUUCCUACGUUAAUUAUAUUUUUUUAUUUCUUUGAUUGAAUACGAUAAUUGCGAAGAACCAAUUUGCAGUGAAGAAUUACAUCAAAAUGACUGGUUAUGAUUCUGAUAAUUCUUCGGAUUCAAGUUACUCGAAUAUAGAUUUCUAUGAAGUGCAGAAUGUGGUACCAGAUCAAUAUAAAUCUAAGGUAGAUAAAUGCAAUGAAAUACUUCUACAUGAUAAAAAAGAUAUUGAUGAAUUACGUAAUCUCGCAACAAGUGAAGGAGGAUUAGUUAUAAGUUUAGUAAGAUCUGAAGCCUGGCCUUUAUUUUUGAAUUUACCAAAAAAAAAUAAACAACUACUAGAUGAGGAAAUAAUAACUAAUCAUCCAGAAUACAAUCAAGUUGUAAUGGAUGUUCGAAGAUGUCUUAAACGUUUUCCUCCGGGCAUUUCAUAUGAGAGAAUAGGUGUUUUGCAAAAUCAACUAAUAGCAAUUAUCUUGAGUGUUAUUGCUGAACAUCCAGAGUUAAAAUAUUAUCAGGGCUAUCAUGAUGUUGCUGUUACAUUUUUAAUUGAAGUUGGACAAGAAAAAGCUUAUAGUAUAAUGGAAUAUUUAUCAUUAAAUCAUUUAAGACAGUUUUUAAUGCCUACAAUGGAAGAAACGUCUUACAUGCUUUGGAAUGUUUUCCCUCUAAUCUCAAAAUUAAAUCCAGAAUUAGAAUAUUUCCUUACAAAGUCUGGUAUAGGUACAAUAUUUGCAUUGCCAUGGUUAUUAUCAUGGUUUAGCCAUAGUUUAAGUCAGCAUAAAAAAGUAGUUCGUCUGUUCGAUUAUUUUUUGGCUUCUCCUAAAGAAAUAAUUUUAUAUGUGAUAGCUCAAUUAAUAAAUGAGAGGAGUGAAGAUAUUUUAAGUGCUGACUGUGAUAUGGCUAGUGUUCAUUCAGUUAUUUCAAAGAUUCCAGAAGAUAUAGAUUUUGAAAAAAUUUUAAGUCAAGCUACUAAUAUGUUGUACGAAUACCCACUUUCUAAGAUAAAAUAUGAGGUUGAUAUUAAAGUGCAACAAGAAGCUGAUUUUUUGGCUGGUUUGAAUGAAAAUUACACCAUGCGUAAGCAUUUAAAAUACAUGAAAUCCAUUGGUCAUGGACCACCAUUUGCAAAUGCUUAUAAUUUUGUACCUAUUUGGAGAAUACCACGAAUGAGAUUUGGUUUCUUGUUCUUUGGGUUUAGUCUUGCUGCAGGAUUAUGGGCCAUCAUGAGGACCAGUAGUAACUAAUUUUUGACUUUAUAAUAAUUAUUCUACAUUAUUUCAUUCCAAAUAUAUUUGUGCUAUAACCAGGGGACUAUAUAGACUGAUAUCAAAAAAAAUUAUGUAAAUUGACUUUUUGUAAUUACUUGUUUUUCUAUUUUAGGUAUAUUUUUAUUUUGUGCUGUAUUUAUUUUACUAUUUUGUUAAUCUCUUUUUAAUUUAAUACAUUGUUGUAAUUUUUAAGUUUUUAAUAGAAGAAUUAAUUUUUCAAUCAAAUAUUUUUAACUAGAUUUAACUGUGAUUGAAAUUGUUACUAUUAUUAUUUUAAUUGACACUAACGAUAUUGUGAUUUUUCACUUGCUCUCGUUCAUAUUACCAUUUAUAUAAUUUUAUUUUAGUUACUGUGUUAUAAUUAUUUUUUAUUGUCAUGAUGUUGUAAUGAGCUUAAAUAAAUUUUUAUUGAUAUUUUUAA